UUCCCCAAGUUUCCACUUCAAACAACCACCCAAAACGCCUGUCUUCCCUCUCGACAAGAGCCCGUUGCUCGACGUUUGGUGCCUCCGACCCGUUCCUGCCGUUACCGUUCAGCUUCAUCGUCUCCGAAAACCGUCGCCGAGAUGUCGUCCAUGGGCAAGAUGAUUCGCCGAAAGAAGAAUGUCAAGAAGGGUAUUCAGUUUUGUCUGAUGGUCUGCGGUGCUUCAGGCACUGGCCGUACCACCUUUGUCAACACCCUCUGUGGAAAGAGCGUGUUGGACCACAAGGAGUCCGACGAUGCUGGCAGCGCGCACGUUGAGGACGGCGUCAAGAUCAAGCCCAUCACUGUUGAGCUCGAGCUUGACGAGGAGGGCACCCGCAUCUCUCUGACCAUUGUUGAUACCCCCGGCUUCGGCGACCAGAUCGACAACGAGGCCAGCUUCUCAGAGAUCGUCGGCUACCUCGAGAGGCAAUACGACGACAUUCUUGCCGAGGAGUCCCGUAUCAAGCGUAACCCUCGCUUCAGGGACAACCGAGUCCAUGCUAUGCUCUACUUCAUCACCCCCACUGGCCAUGGUCUCCGAGAACUCGACAUCGAGCUCAUGAAGCGCCUUGCCCCCCGUGUCAACGUCAUCCCCGUCAUUGGUCGCGCCGAUUCGCUCACCCCCGCUGAGCUCGCCGAGUCCAAGAAGCUGGUUAUGGAGGACAUUGAGCACUACCGCAUCCCUGUCUACAACUUCCCCUACGAUAUCGAGGAGGAUGACGAGGACACCGUCGAGGAGAACGCUGAGCUUCGUGGACUCAUGCCUUUCGCCAUUGUUGGUUCCGAGGAGGUUGUUGAGAUUGGUGGCCGCAAGGUUCGCGCCCGCCACUACCCCUGGGGUGUUGUCGAGGUCGACAACCCUCGUCACUCCGACUUCCUGGCCAUUCGAUCUGCGCUUCUCCACAGCCACCUGGCUGAUCUCAAGGAAAUCACCCACGACUUCCUGUACGAGAACUACCGUACCGAGAAGCUGUCUAAGAGCGUCGAGGGCGCUGCCGGAAACGCUGACAGCUCAAUGAACCCCGAGGACCUUGCCUCGCAGUCCGUCCGCCUCAAGGAGGAGCAGCUCCGACGAGAGGAGGAGAAGCUGCGCGAGAUCGAGCUCAAGGUGCAGCGCGAGAUCAACGAGAAGCGACAGGAGCUGCUGGCCCGCGAGUCCCAGCUCCGCGAGAUCGAGGCGCGCAUGCAACGAGAGGCGGCUGCUCAGGCCUCCGGCACGCCCGAGCCCAACGGCGAGGAGCCUACCAACUAG